AUGAAGGUGUUUAACCUGUUAUGCCAGGGAGCUUCUAAGAGUUCCAUAGCUGAAUGUGAGGCUCUGGUUUACGAGUUCAUGGACCAUGGUAGCUUAGAGGAGUGGCUGCAUCCAGUCAUUGGAACUGAAGAGAUAAGCGAUGCGCCCAAGAAUUUAACUCUUCUUCAGAGGGUAGAUAUUGCCAUUGGUGUUGCUUGUGUACUGGAUUAUCUUCAUAAUCAUUGUGGAACACCCAUAGUUCAUUGUGAUCUCAAACCAAGCAAUGUUCUUUUGAACAACGAGUUGGUUGGACACGUUUCUGACUUUGGACUAGCCAGAGUUGUGCCACAAAUGACUAGUAAUUCUUCAUCAAAUCAAACAAGUUCCAUUGGAAUAAGAGAGUAUGGUAUGGGAAGUGAGGUUUCAACCUAUGGGGAUGUGUACAGCUUUGGCAUUCUCUUGUUGGAGAUGUUAGGGAAGAGACCCACUGACGAAAUGUUUAGAGGCGGUCGUACUUUCGUGCAAAUGUCAAUCCCUGAGCGAGUUACGGAGGUUGCAGAUUCAGUACUCCUUCGAGUAGGCAAUGAUGACGCUAGCAUCAGCAACCUUCCCAAUCAAUACAGCUCAAGAGCUCAAAAGAUCUCGGAGUGCUUCAGUUUGAUAUUUAGAAUUGGAGUAUAG